AAGACACAUUGGCGCGGCGCGCUAGUCUGGAGCGGAGCACCGCGGACGCGUCGCUUUUCUCCACCGUCUCCCCGGCUCUACUUCUAGCUCGUGCUGGACAUUUCACACACGUAUACACAGAUAUACAUAUAUAUCUUUUUUACACAAGAGCAGCCUGCGAGUGUAUGGAUACGAUGCAACUUUUCUGAUGGUGAUUUAAAGGGAGGAGAUUCCAGCAGCCGGACCGCUUUUCUUGAACCCUGCUUUGUUAUCUGAAGCUGACAGCAUCGUGCGUUUUGAGUGGCGACCAGGAAGAGUCCCACGGCUGAAGCCAUGCCCUGCGUUCAGGCUCAGUACGGCUCGUCGCCGCAGGGCGCGAGUCCCGCCUCGCAGAGCUACAGCUACCACACCAGCGGCGAGUACAGCUGCGACUUCCUAACACCCGAGUUCGUAAAGUUCAGCAUGGAUCUGACCAACACCGAGAUCACGGCGGCUACCACGUCUCUGCCCAGCUUUAGCACGUUUGUGGACAGCUACAACCCCGGCUACGACGUCAAACCUCCGCCGUGUCUGUACCAGGUGCCUCCUGCGCACGCCUCCGAACAGCCCUCUAUCAAAGUGGAGGACGUGCCCAUGCACGGGUACCACCACCAUCACCACCACCCGCACCCUCAUCAGCAGCAGCCGCAGGGUCACCUGGGCCCGCAGUCGGAGGAUGUGAUGGCGCACUCGGGCUCCGUUUACUUCAAGCCGUCUGCUUCUCCACACGCGCCUGGCGGCGGCCCUAACUUCCAGGUGCAGCCGAGCCACGUGUGGGAGGACGCGAGCUCGCUGCACGCCUUCCACCAGAACUACGUGGCGGCCGCCUCGCACGCCAUGGAGCAGCGCAAGAACCCCGUGUCGCGCCUCUCGCUCUUCUCCUUUAAGCAGUCUCCCCCGGGGACGCCCGUGUCCAGCUGCCAGAUGCGCUUCGACGGCCCGCUGCAUGUGGCUAUGAGUCACGAGGGCCCAGGCGCGCACCGGGCCCUGGACGGCCAAAGCUUUGCGGUGCCCGGCGCUGUGCGGAAACAGGCGGGAGUCGCAUUCCCGCAUUCUCUGCAGCUCGGCCACGGACACCAGCUCCUCGACGCGCAGAUGCCGUCGCCACCAUCCAGAGGCUCCCCGUCCAACGAGGGGAUGUGCGCCGUGUGCGGGGAUAACGCAGCGUGCCAGCACUACGGCGUGCGCACAUGCGAGGGAUGCAAAGGCUUCUUCAAGCGCACUGUGCAGAAGAAUGCGAAAUAUGUGUGUCUGGCGAACAAAAACUGUCCUGUUGAUAAGCGCCGGAGAAACAGGUGUCAGUACUGCCGCUUCCAAAAGUGCCUAGUUGUCGGGAUGGUUAAAGAAGUUGUUCGGACUGCCAGUCUGAAGGGCCGGAGAGGUCGUUUACCCUCCAAACCCAAAAGUCCACCGGAUGCGGCGCCUCCAUCACCUCCAGUCAGCCUCCUCAGUGCGCUGGUCAGAGCUCAUGUGGACUCCAACCCCAACAUGUCCAACCUGGACUACUCGAGGUUCCACGCGGGUCCGGAUUACCAGCUGACCGGAGACGACACGCAGCACGUGCAGCAGUUUUACGACCUGCUGACGGGAUCGAUGGAGAUCAUCCGCGGCUGGGCCGAGAAGAUCCCGGGCUUCACCGAGCUGCCCAAGCAGGACCAGGACCUGCUCUUCGAAUCCGCCUUCCUCGAGCUCUUCGUCCUGCGCCUCGCCUACAGGUCCAACCCGAUGGAAGGGAAGCUGAUCUUCUGUAACGGCGUGGUGAUGCACCGGCUGCAGUGUGUGCGCGGUUUCGGCGAGUGGAUCGACGCCAUCGUGGAGUUCUCCUCCAACCUGCAGAGCAUGAACGUGGACAUCUCGGCCUUCUCCUGCAUCGCCGCGCUCGCCAUGGUCACAGAGAGACAUGGGCUCAAGGAGCCGAAGAAAGUGGAGGAGCUUCAAAACAAGAUAGUGAACUGUCUGAAGGACCAGGUGGCGUUUAACGGCGCUGCUCUUAACCGCCCGAACUACCUGUCCAAGCUGCUGGGGAAGCUGCCGGAGCUGCGCACUCUGUGCACACAGGGCCUGCAGCGCAUCUUCUACCUGAAACUGGAAGACCUGGUGCCUCCUCCAGCAAUAAUCGACAAACUGUUCCUCGACACGCUGCCCUUUUAAAAAACAACAACAAAAACAACAACAAAGAAAGAAAGAGACUUUUUUUCUCUCAAAAAGACCUCAACGAACUUCCAUAGACUCCUUUUAAGAGUCAGAAAGCUACUGAAGUUUUUUAUUAUUAUUAUUAUUAUUAUUAUUAUUAUUAUUUUAAUUUCACGAAUCAAGGACAUUGGCAGUCCAUGUUGGGAUUCAUAAGGAAAACACACACACACACACACACACACACACUUAUGCAUUUUCAUUUCAACCCUCUUUGCAAUUUUAUGCCAUUAUAUUAUAUUAAACAACCCAUAAAAAGAGAGAGAGAGAGAGAGAGAGAGAGAGAGAGAGAGAGCUCAGUUCUGAAGUUUCUCUUGGACUGCUGUUAACAAAAUAAAUCUCAGAAACAUUACUCUGUUUAUUGACUCCAAAACAUUUUUAAAUCAUUGGAAAACGCACAUGAAAUGUAUUAUAAUCUUAUUAUACUCCAUACACGAUAGAUUUGUCACCGAAGUGUAUAAAGAGGACUCGUUUCUUUCUUUCUUUCCUUCUUUUUCUUUCUUUUGUUCAGUCUUUUUUUAUAACUUGUGCCUGUGUAUUUCUGUCAGGAUCAGAGAGGAGGCCACGCAUGUUGUAGAGGACUAUAGGCACUUGCUAUCGAGGUGAUGCUGUCUAUAUAAAACAUGAUUAUUAAUAUUAUUCCGGACACUAUGUAGUCUGCUAGAUUUUGUACAAAAAACAACCAAAAAAAAAAAAAAAAAAAAAAAAAGAAGAAAAAGAAAAGAAAGAGAGAGAAAAUUCGUAGUACUGGGACAACUUUUAUGUAUAGAACAUGUGGAGGAGGAGAAAAAUAAUAUUUAAUCUGUAUAUAGGUAAAGAAAAAAAUCAGAAAGGACCCAUAGUGUUUGUAAGACUGUCAGCCAUUCCUUGUUUGUAUGUGUUGUAUGUACUGUUGCUGUUUAAUAUAAAUGUUUCUAUAUUUAUGAUUUUUGUUGCCAAGAGCUUAGAAGCAUGGUGUAGUUUGGAUGAUUUCAGAAACAUUCACAUUGUCCUUGUUUUUAUGUCAGAUACAGUUAUGAUUUCGUUUCCCAUCUGCAAAGUUACGUCAUAUGUAUAUGUACAUAUAUACAUAUAUACAUAUAUAUAUAUCUAUAUAUUCAUAUAGGUGUGUGCGGAGCAUCACUGCCCUUUUCUAUGGUGUAAUUUCAAUCCCAAUCCGAAUAAAACUCAACGCGGAAAGGAAUAUUUAAUGUUUACAAAUAAAACUUUUAAACAUUUCUUUUCUUUCUUCAGGCAGUUUUUUAAUCGCUUUAAAAUAAUCAGCUAUAAUUCAGGCUUAAAUACAGUAAAAAGGUUUUCAUAUUAGGAGUACAGUGAUCAAGUUAACCUUAAACAAAUCAGAUCACAGGACAGUUCUAUAAUCAAACAGACAUAAAUGUAAUUUGGGAUCAGAGCAGCAGGAAGAGCUGAGGUUUAUCUUUAAUGAAAUGAAAUUAUUUUCUGACAUUUAGAUAUCAUUUCGUUUUAUAGUCGAUUAAUCAGAACCAAAACUGCAAUUAGUCAUUUCUGGCAGAGCUCCUAUUACCACAACAACGUCGCUCUGGAUUCUAGAGAAAAUCUGAUGUGAUUGGAAAAAGCCUCCUUAUACAUAAGACCUAGUUAUUUACAUAAGAUCUAGUUAUUUACAUAAGACCUAGUUAUUUACAUAAGAUCUAGUUAUUUCAUUUUAUAUUAAAGCCUUCACUAAUUCAUCAACACAAACUUUGUGAAGUUAGAUAAAGUUCUAAUUAUCCUUUCUAAUCAUAUUAGCUUAUCAUUUUUAAUCAGGUUUUUUAUUUUAGAUUGUUUAUUUUGAAAUCAGCCAGCAAAAUUACAGCUCGACAGUGUGAAGCAGAACACUCAAUAAAACUCCCGACAAUUAAAUACAGUAGUGGCUUUCACUUAGCCAUGGAUUUGUUGGGAAUAAUAAAGAACAGAGACAUUAAUUAAAGAAAAAUAAGAAAGGACAGAGUUCAAAACUCUGAGCUCAGAGCUCAAAACAAAAGUUCAGUGAUAGUUUUAUUAUAGCUUGGAGUCAGUCAUUCAACUGGCACCUUUUUAAUAAAAAAUAAGAAAAUCAAUUAAAACAAUCUCCACCAUGAUACAGAGGAUUCGCAGCAUUUUUAAGCCUUGUUAAAAUAAAUCACGAUUCAUAAAAAGAUUUCUCUGCAAGUCCAUCUUUAGUGAUAUUUAACCACAAUUCAGGAAUAAAUGUAUAUUAAAUAAACCGCCCAGAUAGAUUUGAUAUUUUCCCCUAAUUUAAAAGACAAACUGUGAAUAGAAGCUAAAUCUGAUGGAAAUAAAAAGGAAAAAGAUGCAGAUCUGAAUCUUUACUGAUGGAAAGUGACAAAGUAGGAGAAAUAUUCUACCACAUUUUGUCUUCAAAUGUUAAAAUAGCCUACAAAAUAAUUAAUUUGCGGGUUUCAGUGCAAAAGCUUUCCAUCUUCCAGAUUUCCCAU